UUUUCGAUUGAACCUGAUCCUAGCUGUUGAAGUCAAAGAACCAUCUCUCUCUUAUCCAGAGUAUGGUACCCUUCAUAAAGAAAGCACAGCUUCUCAUUCUUUGGGUCUGCUUGAUGAAAAAAGGCGUCACCGAAGCCGCUCACAGGGGUAAGGUUGACAUCCAAGUGACAAGUGGAAACCUAAUUUGCCAGUACGUGUCAUUCAGCAGCAAAUUCCCAGGCGACGGAACCCCUGUCAGAGUAUUUGCUUCAAUCAACCAUGGAAAUAAGUCAUCAGGGGUCCAUGAUUUAGCUUUUAUUUGGAUCGAAGAUGUUUCAACGAGCGGAUUCAAGGUCUGUCUCGUACAAGGUGGCAAGAGAUUUGGAGGUAACAACACUAUGAUCGAUUGGUUUGCAUUCCAAGGAUCACAGUUGGGAGUAUCCCAUGGCCAAGCUACUUUUAGUCUUUUCACAACUGGAUCACAAUGCAAUCGGGUUAAAUUCACUCAGCCGUUUCUAUCGAUACCAAAAAUUCACGUGACCGUUCAGCACGAAAUUCCAAACCAAGGGCAGGACGCCAUGAAUGUUCGGAUUGCAAACGUCUCCACGAAUCAUUUUGAAGUCUGUUUACAGGAAUCGACAACAUUUGACGGCCUUCACGACAAACUCUUGGUGAACUGGAUGGCCUACGAACACUACCCACUAGCCUGGAAAGCAAAGGAGUCCUCAACAGUAAAAUUUUCCGACAACGAGGUGCCGUCUACAAGAGACAGUUACGCCCUCUGUAAGAAUGUAACCUUUUCAAGUCCGUUUUACUCUGCACCAGUGGUUCUCACUACAGUCAUCAAUAGUGACGGUAGCAAUGCAGACGGUGCUUGCUCAGUGAAAGGUCCCUUAAUCACUUGGCUGGAGGAAGUGACUACCUCUCACUUUCGAGUGUGUAUUAAGGAUAGCUCUGGAUAUGAUGGUCAGAGAAGCAAAGUUCUUGUAGACUAUUUAGUUAUCGGAGAUCUUGAUCCCUGUACAAAUGUAAGCUGCAAGUAUCACAGCCAUUGUGUCGCCUUGUCUGUAAACCAAUCUACUUGUGCUUGUGAAAACAGCUGUCCAUCAUAUGAAGAACAGGUCUGUGCAUCUAACGGCCGCACGUUUACCAACUUGUGCCUGUUUAAGCAAGAGAUAUGUAGAACACGUGGUAACUAUACGAAGUAUCAUCCUGGAAGCUGUACAGAUUUUCCUCUUCAGAAAGGAAGACAUCAAUUUCGAAACGUUCCCUCCUGGGCAGAGGACCAAUGUGAAGUGAUCAAGUUUAAACCAUUCAUAUUUUACCCUGACCAGAAAAUUUACAUACAACUUACUGUUAAUCACGUGAACUACAGUGACUCCGCUGUGGUACAUGAAGCCACAACACCUUGGGUAGAAAGCGUCAACAGCACUCAAUUCACAGCCUGUGUCACUCGAGCUGGUAGGAAUGAUUACCCCUCAGAUAGCUUUGCCACAGUUGACUGGGUCGCUUAUCAGGGUGCUCCGUCUGGUGGAGUGGCAGGCGAGAAAUGGUUCUCAAGAUGGUGGACUGGGACUAGCUGUCAGACGAUCAUCUUUCCUAAGAGAAAAUUUUCUCAGCCACCAACGGUUUUCGCAACAGCUGAGCACCACAGAUCACACCUAAAGCACGAUGCCACGAGUUUGUGGAUCGAAGAUGCCACUGCAAAUUCCUUUAAGAUUUGUCUUCGAGAGCUGCAAAACUUUGCAGGAGUACAUGAUGAUAUAUCAGUGAAUUGGCUUGCGUUCAAGUCACUUCAUAGGCCAUUGUUUUCAGAACACAGUGAUGUAAACUUUCAGAAUAACCUCUCACCAUCUGAGAUUUAUAACUUCGCCUUUUGUAAGGAAGUGAAUUUCAAGCGGAGCUACAAAAAAUCACCAACGGUUUUAGUAACAGCCAAACAUUCCACCAAGGGCGGAAAUUCAGCCGCAGAAUGCAACGGAAUCGCGAGCUGGAUUGAGUUUAUCACCCCUUCUAGAUUCUGCAUUUGCGUGAAGGAACUGUUCAUCCAGCGUUUCGAUCCAUUGACGGUGUCCUAUGCAGUACUGUCAGAUGUUUGCGAGGAGGACUGGGCGUAUUUUAGUGGAUAUUGCUACAGAAAAGUAUCUUCCUGUGAUUCGUGGACCAAUAGUCAGGGUACAUGCGCAACCCUGGGAGCUAAUCUUCCUAGUAUCCACACAGAAGAAGAAAACGUUUAUGUUCAAAGUCUUCACGGUGGGGAACAUUCUUGGCUGGGGCUCUCUGAUGUAAAUUCUGAAGGGAAAUUUGUGUGGAGCGAUGGAACACCAUAUGACUUCCAUUACUGGGCGGAACACCAACCAAACAACUUUCACGAAGAGGACUGUGUUCAUACGCUUGGUUUCCUUCAAGAUCAUCAAUACAAAUGGAAUGAUGUUAAUUGCAGUGACUGUCACAGAUUCACUUGUAAAAAAGACUACAACGAAUGUAACAAUUUUGCAUUCGAUUGUCCAGCAAACGCCACUUGUGUGAACAGUGACGCUUCCUACUCAUGUGUAUGUCGCACUGGAUUCCGUUUGGAUGGGAAAAACUGCUCUGAUAUAGACGAAUGCAGCUCAGGGUCAUUUUCCUGCCAUGCUAAAGCAAAGUGUGUCAAUACCUUUGGUUCCUACUCUUGUAGAUGUCCAGCAGGAUAUGGGGGCGAUGGAAAGAUAAAUUGUACCAUAGGAUCAACAGCUAAGAACUGUGCUGAGCUUUACAAAUCUGGUAAAACAACCAACGGUGUUUAUACAAUCGACCCUGAUGACUCAGGUGCCUUUGAUGUAUAUUGUGACCAAACGACAGCCGGUGGGGGGUGGACAGUAUUCCAAAAGAGACAGGAUGGCUCAGUUGAUUUCUAUCGCGGCUGGACCGAUUACAAGAAUGGGUUUGGUAACCUGAAUGGAGAAUUUUGGCUGGGACUGGAUAAGAUACACCGCCUGACAAUAAUAAAGAACAAGCUCCGAGUAGAUCUGAUGGACACCAAAAGCAACACUGCUUACGCCGAGUACGACACGUUUGCAGUUGCUAGCGAGAGGACUAAGUACCAGCUUAGCCUUGGGACCUACUCAGGUACUGCAGGAGAUUCUCUUGCUCGUCAUCGUGGCCAUGCUUUUACAACUAAAGAUCAAGACAAUGACAGCUGGAGGCGUGGUAACUGUGCUGUGGAGUACAAAGGAGCCUGGUGGUACCAGCAAUGUCAUCAUUCUAACCUGAACGGUGUGUAUCAUAAUGGGAGGCACUCGUCAUCUGCUGAUGGAGUCAACUGGUAUCACUGGAGAGGACAUAACUACUCCGUCAAGAAAGCUGAGAUGAAAAUCAGACCAAUUUCCUUUUAGCGUAUUUAGAACUUUCUGUUUUGUUUCCAUUCGAACUUUCUAUUCUGUAAAGGAAACAAAAAGAAAAAUGAUUAAACAUGGAGUAUU